AUGAACAGCUCCAACUCGUCGUCCUCCUCCUCCUCCUCCUCCUCCCACGUCCCGCCCAAUGGCGUCGGCGCUCUGCCGUUCACGCCGCUCAUGGUGCCGGCCGUCGUCUUUGCCAUUGCCUACGGCGUGCUCCUGUUUCUUCAGCUGCUUGUGUCCGCCCGUUUCUGGCGCUAUUACGGCAAUGCCAUCGGCAUGCUCUGCGGCCUGCUGCUCGAGCUCCUGGGCUACAUUGCCAAAGUCAUGCUCGCCCACGACCGCUUCGACAAGAACGGCUACAUCAUGUACAUCAUCGGGCUCACGCUCGGGCCCACGUUCUUGUCGUCGGCGCUCUACCUGUCCAUCAGCGCCCUCCUCCGCGCAUAUCCGGCGGCCCGCGUCCCGUUUCUCGGCCCCACGCUGUUUUCCACUCUGUUUAUUCUGGGCGACUUCUUGUGUCUCUGCUUCAUCGGCGUCGGCGGCUCGCUCGCGGCCAUCUACGCGGACCAGCCCAUUGGUGUCGACCUCAUGAUUGCCGGCCUGGGCACCCAGAUCUUGUUUACCUCCAUUUUUUGCGUCGUCCUCCCGUGUCUGUACCGCCGCCUCUCGCGCGUCAACAACAUCGACAACGUCAACAACGCCAACAAUACCACACGCGGUCUCGGCCAGCGCACCACCCGCUACGGCAUUCUCCUCGGUGUCGCCGCCGCCUGUCUCUUCGUCCGCUCCUGCUGGCGUGCCGCCGAGCUCAGCGGUGGCUUCAACGGCCCGCUGGCCUCCAAAGAGGGUGUCUUUAUUGCGCUGGACAGCAUCCCCAUCCUCAUCAUGUCCGUCCUCCUCAUGGCCGUCCAUCCGGGCUUCUGGUUCCAGGAUACCCGCAACCGCAGCCGCAGCCGUCACUCACCACUGGCCACCUCCGCAUUUGCCCGCUACGAGCACCAGAUGAUUCUGCACUCGCGAGACACUCCGGACAUGCUGGUCAAGAUGGGUGAUGUAUAG